ACCACACAUUCCCAGUUGAAGUAUUAUACAAUUAUAUACGAUGGGCUGGCUUUCCACUCGCUGCUCAAAUUACGAACUUUUCACCUUGCUUCUUGAGUCAAACUUAAACCAAAAAUGGAGAAAAUUAAGGAAAUUUGGAACUACUUAUCGAGCAGUUUUUGUAAAGCAUGCAAUUGUUCCUAUUCCUCAUGACGGCAUCUGUAUCGCUAAUGUUCAUUGUUGAGAACGACGGAAUCCAAUUGAUGUCUUUGUUAAAUGGCAGUUUUUUGGAGGGCGACAAUCAGUCGACCCGUAGCUCCCCGAGUAAGCCUAAAUUGGGAUGGGUUUCAAACAGCUCCGCGAAAUAUUAUAAAAGACAAAGGUGGAAAAGUCACGGUAUGAUGAAUACAAAAGAAUUUAGCUCUGAUUUUGAGUAUUAUGAGAAUGAGAAAGAAAGAAUUGCAAGGCUGUGGGAUCCUAUUCUCAAUCAAAGCUACGAUUUUCCGGAUGUCAUCGCGGAGCAUGAUCAGAGCUGUAAUGAAUAUGUGUUUUCUGAGAACCCCCAACACAAGGGAACAAAUGAAAGUUUUACAAAAAAUAUUGCAGAGCCUGAACCUUCCAAGGAUGGUACCAUUCCAAAUCUCCUGAAAGGGGACCUUCAUUUACCAGAAACUGUGCCUCCUCCAGCUGAAAAUAUUCGCUUACGGAAACACAGGCUUGUAAGGCAAGACAAGGCUGGUUACUCGCCAAUGAUUCAAAUAUUCUUUGACCGAAGACCGAUAUAUGGAGAAAAAUAUCCAGUCAUUGUGGCUAUGAAGAGUUUAGGGACGGUACCUUUUGUACUGAACAUUACAGUGGAUACAAAGGAUUAUCUAAUUGAUGAUAAGAUAACAAGACCCACUAGCCCCAAAGAAUGGAUUAGCACGAGAAAUUUAAGGUCAGUCCUUCGCAGAGCUGGUAUUCACGAAGCCUAUGUGGCCUUUAACCUAGGGUAUUAUUACCGAUGUCACGCCACAUUUUAUAAUAAGAUGCAUAAAUACGCCAUUGCCAGCGUGUCUGACUUGGAAGAUAGAGAAGUCCUACUGACGCCGAGGUUUAGGAAAUCUUUCAGGGUUGUUGUCCCAAAAAAUAUCGCUAGAUUGCCGGUGUUGCUACUACCUUUUUGCAAAGAUCCGGAGGUGCCCGUUCCAGUUUCAGCCUGGACUCACCGAGUAUUCUAUGCAAUUAUACUGAAAAGAAGCGGAAAGGUUAAGUACAAGGAAUUCAGUUGGGAUUUUUAUGAUAUGAAGGAGGAAUUUCUUAUAGCUCAUGCUGGAACCACGAAAGGUCUGUACCUAAAAUUGGUGCCUUACCAAGUCAGGUUUUUGAACUAUAAUGUCAUAGAUCGGGUCUUCCUAUUGCGGGCCAGCGGGGUAAUCAACAAUGUCUUCACAGUAGCUCGUUGCUACGUGAAAUAUAUCCCACCAGAUAUUGAGACUGAAAUUUCGGGAGGCCAGCGGCGCAAUGUUGACGUCAGAGAUUAUAUCCUUGUAGACGGUUCAGGGAGCAAGGACAGAGUCCUUGCUGUAGAAAGUCUGAAAACAAAGAAUUUCCAGUGGAAUUGUGAGAGCACUGACGACCCAGAAAACCGAUAUUGCAAAUAUGAUUUAUCAACAAAACCCAAGCUACGAUUUCCGAAAAGAAGCCUGCGAGUUGGAAAAAAGUAUUCAAUUGGUCUGACGGUUUACUCAAAAAUAGACCCUAGACAUCGAUCAAGCGCCCUCCAGAUUCUGAGGGGCGUGGAGAAGGACACCAUUGCACCUAACAUCGUCUGCAGACGCAACUGCGCCCUGGAUGUGUAUAGCCCCGUGGACAGUGUCCAUUUGACCUCCCAUUGCCCCGACUGUCGUCUACGGGUGCGGUAUUACGAAUGGCUUAUCAGCGAAGAAGGCGGACCGAUUACCUCCGUGUCGAGAAAGAGGUUCCUCGUCUGGAGGGGCUCCUGUCCGUACCUCGACAUCUAUCUGAAAAUGAUUAUGGUGAACAAUGUGCAGGGUAUUUCCAGGUACUCAAUCUACCGGAACGAUGGUCCUCAAGGUGGUGAAUGUAAAGCAUCGCCCGAUAGAGGCAUCGAGGCCACUACACUUUUUUCCAUCACCUGCGUGGGCUACGAGUCUCCCUUCGUCCCGCUGAACUUCCGCUUCAAGAUCGGAGUGGCGGCUGUCGCUACUAUGGUUCCAUUCACCAAGAUCAAGAUAGUGUUGCCGGUUACCAAUGUUCUAGAAAUCUCAAUCUGCGACACUGUGGACAUGUGUGUGUGGCAGAAAUUGCCCAUGAUCGUGGCACCAUAUAUGGUAAAGAACCCCCAGGAAAGCUAUGAGAACCAUAUCAAGGAGGUAAUGGCAUCGGUACCUGAACACCUGCUACUUGGUCACUGGAAUAAAGCCUUUACUCUCACACUUGCGGCCACAAAAUGGAUCAUAUCACCCGAAGACGGAAUGAUGAUUUUCUCAUAUUUGAAAAAUCAGGACUUGCAAACCGGUGGGCAGCUGGAGCAGAUAACUUUACUGGGCAUCCGAAUAUUGUCCCAUUUACUCCCGUUAACAUUCCGAGCAGCAAAUCUCAUGGGCGAAAUAUUCAUCAAACUGACCACUAUUUUCGAGCACACCGUCCAUGAAAAGGGUUGGUUGCAUCGGGACGCUUACAACAGUUUGACCGCCAUGUUUAUGGCCUUCAUGUCCAUCUUAGGAGACAAAGAUAAAGUGGAAGCUCAUUCGAUGGCCAUGUGCAAGCCCACCAGCCCCGAGUGCAUCAACAUGGUACUGCUGGAGAACCUGGAACUCCAGCUAGAGAUGAAAUUCGAUCCACUGAUUCUGCUGAAGGUCAACUACUGGAUGCGGUGCACUUGGUUCCUGUACAGGUGUACCUUCUACAUGGGCAUGCUGGCCACGAAACGCCAUCACCCCUAUGACGAAGCCUUUGCGGUCCUAGAAGGGGGCAUUGCCUACCAGGUAAAUGUGACUGAGGUGACGGAGGAAACGGAGAAUGUCACCAUCAACACUAUUGACAUGAUCCACGUGGUGCAGCUAUCUGGCCCCCUGCUAUUUGAGCUUAGCAAGAAGCUCAAUCACACCACUAUUCUGUUUCAGGUCAUCUCCCAGCAGAACUUCCAUAACAUAUUCUGGUGGUUUCCGGACCCGUUGCCCUCAAAAACCAGCGUAUUGAUAAUCCACGCGCAUAGUCCCAGCAUAGUUAACUACACCAGCGGAAUAUUCUCCAUAAAUAAUCGAUUAUUGUUCACGACCAACAUCAGCGAGUUCAACGAUGAUCCUGUUUUCAAUCAGUGGAUGGCCAACGGCACCAUCAAACGCUCCUCGGAGAUCCAUUUGUACAGUCUGAUGCUUAAAAAUAAGGCAAUGCUAGCGGUGCGGAUAGUGUCCUGUUCGGAGCCCAUGAAAGUAAAAAUGAGGCUGCAUCGACAACCUUCAGCUGUGGAAAUGAAGGACGCCUGUUACAUAACGCCCCAAAUGAGUGGUAAGCGGAUCUGGAUGUCCAACAAUUGCCCUCGCAGCCUGGCAUUCGUGGCAGUGCAGAGAACUGAGGGAGGACGUCUUGUUAGGAAGGACUAUCAUCAUGAGAUGUUGCGGGAAGAUUCGGGUCAGGAUACGCCGCUAAAUUACUCAAUACUGCUUGAGAUCUACCAAUGCAAUGUGUGGCAGAAUCGCACCUUGGAUCCUGGCUGGGACGCCGAAAACUGCAUAACGUCCUUCAAGCACAGCUAUGGAACGUCGGUCCAAUGCAGUUGCAGUAUCCUUGGGGCCUUGGCAUCCCGGAUUGUGCCCAUUGCAGCCGAACGGCAUAUAGAUUAUUUUCGAUCUGAGAUUCUGACGUUCAAAAUUCUGCUGCCCCUAUUCUUCUUACUACUCCUGUUGCUACUACUUAUCCUGAUGAUCCUUAGCUUUGGGAGUCUCUCGGCUCAUGAAAGGCGCGAGAACUUCCUGCGUUGCGAAGGAAGCAAAGAAGGCCUGGGGCGUUUGUUCACCGACGAGAAUGAGAUACUCCUGGUAGUUGUGACCGGCGGCCGGGAAUUUGCUGGGACCACCUCCAACGUUAAGUUCUAUUUCAAGUCGCCCCACCGACCCCAGACCUCGUAUGUCGUCACGCAGGACUGCGCGCAUCCAAAAUUGCUCACAAAUAGCACCAACAAGCUAUUGGUUCCACGGGGAUCGAUCUUCAUACCCACCCGACUGGCCCUGGGCGUUCAGAGGAACGGUAGGUUCCCCUCGUGGUACUGUCGAACAGUAACCGUCGUGGAUCUGAAACUUAAGGCGCAGCAGCUGUUUGUGGUCGAGCGAUGGAUCCAUUCGGGGCAUACCGAGUUCAUGCGCUCAAGGUACUUUACGUUCGGCACCCAGAAGAGGGACUACCAGUACACGUGGGCCACGCGCUUUCGUAACCGGCUGGAGCAGCUUUUCAUCAGCUGGUUCAUGGCCAAUCCCAUCACCGGGCCCUGGCAGAGCAGCGUGGGUAAUGUUACGAUGAAUCGCUUCGAGCGAUCCUGCGCCUGGAUUUCAAAGCUGGCCAUUUCGCUCACCGCGGCCACUAUGUACCUUUCCCUGAAAAGAACGAAAGCCAUGGAACAAAGUAAUGGGCUGCAGCAAAAAGAUCAAAUACACAUGGAUCAGGUGGUAUUGCUGGCGGUUGUGAUAUUUUUCCUCUGCUGCGUGGUACAAGUUUUUUUCCAAUUACUCAUAACACGAGUGUUCUUCCUUGAAUAAAAAAAUUAAAAAACUUUAUAGGUUGGUAUAUAAGCAGACGGUACUAUGGGUGGGUCAUUAAGAUCGAAGUGACUAGGCUUUAACUUCUCAAUUCUCCGUUUUAUUUUCCGGAUUAUAGUUUGAAGAAGACCACUGUCUGUUUUGGACACUGUUUCCGACCUAGCCGGGGCUAAUGGAUUUUUCCACGCCUAAUUACCAUUACUUACCUAAGUGGAGAACAAAAAACGUAGACACCCUGGAAAAAAAUGUAAAAUUGCAUUAAAAUUAUCGUCGUUUUUUAGAAGCUGUCCUCUUGGUAUUUUAUUUUUUUUGGAACUUGAAUGUGUAUGCAAAUGGAAUUUCAUAGUCACCAUUAACACCUUUUUGCCCCUUCGCUCCUUCACACCUGUUUCUUGUGGUGACUUUUUUUU